AUGCCUCAAAGAAUUAUGCUGCAGUUUAUGCCAAUAUCCAAGAGUACAGACAUAGAUUUGAAUGCACACGAAGACUCAAGUAAUCUUGAUAAUUCUGGUUCCACCACAAAGACUUCAGGACAUGAAAUUGUUAACAUUUCUAAAGUACCUAAUAAUGGGAACGAACAUUCUGAAUAUGAAGUAAAUGGGGUAAAUGGACUUUCAAUCUUAGAACAUUCUUCACCUGAACCUAAAAGGAAAACAACAACUUACCAAGAGCGUGUUUCUUAUAUUCCUAAUCAUGAUUUUACUGGCAAUAAAAGUUCAAUUUUUGAAAGUUCUCCUCAACCAUCUAUUCCAAAUACAUUCAAAUAUAAAUCACAUCCUAAUGCCAAGGCGAAAGCAUUAGGAAGCACCCAAAUAACUGAGGAAACUUCACAAGAACAACAAGAACAAAAUGGAGACGUUCAACCACCAUUAUCCACAAAACAAACCCCCAAGAACAAUAAUAAAGAAAACACUACUCCCAGAUGGAUGCCACCAGUACUAGAUGAAAAAUGGAAUGUUCAAGAUUUAGAAGACAUUAAAUUUACUCCAUCAAUGCCCUCAAUACAACCACAACAUCAUCAACAACCACUAUCCAACCAAUCAAGAGGAGGUAUUAGCCCAAGUCCUUUCCAGGAUUUUGAGAUUCAUACUGGAGAUACAAUGAUCCACAAUAGUAAUGUUCAAUCAGUGGAGACACCAGGAUAUAGACGUGCACGUCAAGAUUAUGAAAAGCAAAAGGGCCCCGAUAUGUUGAAAUCAAUAUUUCCUACUGUUGGUGGUGGUAGUGGUGGUAGUGGUGGUGGUGCUGGACCCGACGAGACCAACACAAAAGAUCAUUCGACUUCAUCUACUAUAUCUAGUAUGUUUGGUACUAUACAAAAACGACCUGAAGAAAUUAAACAACAAAUGGAAACCAUAAAUGAAAUGAAAAAUAUGAAAAACCCAGAAUCUCCAUUAAAGUUAUAUGGACCAAAAUAUAAUACUUAUACUAGAAAUCAAUUAGCUGGACUUGUGGAAAAUUUAAAAUCCAAUAAAAAUACUCCGGCACAAAAUCAAAACCAGAAUCAGAAUAAAAAUCAAAACCAAAAUCAAAAUCAAGCAACGAGCACACCAUCACCUAAUUCAGUAUUAUCUAAACCACCUGCUUUAAAUCUUAAUUCAAAAAUAGUGAAUACACCACCUAAAAACAUUAAGUCAUUCACCAAAACUGGUGCUUAUGAUGAAAAAUCAUAUCUUAAAAAUGCCGAAAACAUUUUUUCCAAUCUUAAAGGUAAAGGAUUUAAGAUCAAUAACAACAACAACAACAAUAAUAAUGGUGUUAGAGUUGUAUCACAGGCGACAAACACAUCUACUCCCAAGAAGAACAUUAGUCAUGGUGAUCCAAUCAAUUUUAAUACCGAUAGUGAUUAUGCAUCAUUUACAAGUGGUUACAGUUCUGAUGGAAGUGAUGGAAAUGAAGACCAAGAAGGACAACAUCCUAUGAAUUAUGAAGUCAGUAGUGAUGAUCCACAGAAUUAUACAUCAUAUACUAGAGAAAGUAAUUUCCAAUCAAGUGGUAUUAUGGGAAUGGAACAACAGGUUUCAAGUGAUGGAUCUUAUACUUAUGAUGAAGUAAGUGAAUUAUCUGAAGAUGCCACUACUACAGAAAUUCGAAAUAUUGAUAAGAAUGAAAACAUUUCUCCAGAGACUCGAGCACAUUUAUAUGCUGCUAAAAUUGUUCAAAAUCGAAUCCCAUUAUUUGAACAAGAAAAUCAAGAUUUACGAGAAAAUCUUCAUAAAAAACAACUGCAAGAACAAUUUGCGGGAGUUACUACUAAUGGUGAUAUUUCUAUGAAAUCUGUUGCUGGGAAAAAUGGUGGAUUAAAUGCAGUUAAAUGGAAGACCAGAUCUCAAUUAAAAUUAAACAAAGGAGGAAGUGUUGUUGGCGAUCCAGAAAAAAUCACUAGAGGAACAGUUGAACCUGGAGUUGAUUUACCAUUAGAAUAUGAUCAAAUGAUAUUUGAUCCUGAAACUCAACAAUGGAAGAGUAAAAAUGAGACAACUUUAAAUCAUGGUACUUUUGCUUCUAUUGAGGAUUUAGUGGACAAUGAUCAAAUUGAAGUUACUAAACAACAACAACAACAACAACAGCAGCAGCAGCAGCAGCAACAGCAACAACAACCUAGUAUUUUGAAAAAAGCAUCAUCUCGGAAAAGUUUGGUACCAUUAGAAGUUUCAUUUCAUGAACCAAAUAUAAGUGUUCAAUCAAGUAUAAGUAAUAUAUCCAAAAGUCCUAUCCCAUUAAUGGGUGAUAUAACUAGAGUAUCACAAAUCCAAGAGGAUUCAUUUUCUGAAUCGAAAAAACGACUUGUUUCGGUGAUUACGGAAAUUUUGGAUUUAGGAGGAAAUAGUGCUGAACCUAUUCCUUGGAAUCUUGUUACUGAGAUUGAAUUAAGAAAUUGUUAUUUGAAUAAUGUUAAAGAUUUAAAUACUUUAUUACCGAAUUUAAUUAGUGUUGAUUUAUCAAGUAAUGACAUCAAAUAUUUAACGGGGAUUCCCAAAGAGAUCAUGACAUUAAAUUUAAGUGACAAUAGAAUUGAAGAUAUUACUCCAUUUAGUGAAUAUCAUGAAUUACAAAGAUUAACCCUUGAUAAAAAUAAUUUGACAAGAGUCACUAAUCUUAGUAAAAAUAUUCAUUUGACAACAUUAAAUUUAGCCAGUAAUCAAAUCAUGAAUAUUAGAGGUAUAGAACAAUUGAUUAAUCUUCGAUCAUUGAAUGUAUCAGAUAAUCAAUUACAUGGGAAAAUCAAUUUUAAAUUUUUCAAUUUUAUGAAUUUGAUUGAAUUGGAUCUUUCGAAAAAUAAUUUACAAGAAAUAACUGGAUUACAAUAUUUACCCCUGUUGAGAAUUUUAAAUCUUGAUGAUAAUAAUUUAAUUAAAUUUGAUUGUAAAAAUUCCAAACUUGCUAAAUUAUUAAUUCGAUUUAAUCAUAUCAAAAAAUUGGAUAUUUCAAAAUUACCUGAAUUAAGAUCAUUAAAAUUUGAUGGUAAUCAACUUGAACAAAUAGAAGGGUUAGAAAAUUUACGAGGCAUGGAAAAUAUUUCAUGUAAAUCUCAAUAUAGUAGUAAAGUGGUGGAACAAAUUAUGAAAUCAAUUCAAGAUAUUCGUCAAUUGGAUGUAUCAGGGAAUCGACAUUUUAAUGCCAUAUCAACUUUCCCAUUUCUUAGUAAUUUAACCAUAUCAGCCAUGAAUUUAACUACUAUCCCAAUUGAUUUUUAUCUUCUGUUUCCUAAUGUUCAAACUUUAAAUCUUAGUUUCAACACUUUAAAAGAUAUUUCUGGGUUAAACAAAUUAAAAAAUUUACGUAAAGUAUACAUGGUCAAUAAUAAACUUCAACUGCAUAAUCAAAUCAUGAAAGGGUUAAGAGGAUCAAGAGAUAAAUUAAAAGUAUUAGAUGUGAGAUUAAAUCCAUGUACACAAACCAUUUAUCCAUUUUUAUUUACACCUAGUGAAUCAGAUGAUUCUAUAGAUUUAGAAAAUGCCGAUGAUAUAGAAGCUUUUUUCAAACAUUAUCAAGAAUUAGAUAAAUCACAAAUUUGGACCAUGAGAGAUGAAGAAUUUCUUGAAAAUUUGAAAUAUCAAGAUGAAAAAGAAACUAUUGAAACUCGUGAUAUUUUCGAUUGUUUUAUGGUGAUUUUUUUUAAUAAAUUGAUGAAAUUAGAUGGGAUUUUAAUUAAUGAUGAUCGUAGAAAUCAUUUAUUUAAUAUUUUUAAAGAACUUCCUCAAAAAUAG